AUGCCAUUAGACCAUGCUCUGAAAUUAUGCAGAGACCUGCAACGCGGCGAUCAGUCUGCGGUGGACGUCAUGCAACAAACGUACACACGCAUAAACGAGAUUAAUCCACAGGUGAAUGCGUUAGUUAACCUACUGGAUCCGGACGAAGCACUUGCCCUGGCGCAGCAGGCUGACGCGGUCCCCGUUGCUGAACGGGGUCCGUUACAUGGGCUGCCUAUGGCCACCAAAGACGCCGUUGAUGUUGCAGGUUUCCCAACCACCAAAGGCUUUACGCCCUGGGCUAAGAAAAUCGCGCGCAAAGAUGAUGCCCAGGCUGCGCGCUUGCGCAACGCCGGCGCUCUAUUCAUCGGCCACACCAACAUGCCGGAAUUUGGUCUUGGUUCAAAUACAUUCAACAGUUUAUUUGGCCAGACGCUCAAUCCUUAUGACCUGAACAAGACCUGCGGUGGCAGCAGUGGCGGCGCCGCUGUGGCUCUGGCCACGCGCAUGCUGGUUUUAGCUGACGGCAGCGAUAUGGGAGGAUCGUUACGCAACCCGGCCAGUUUCUGCAACGUGGUUGGUCUGCGACCCUCCAUUGGACGCACGCCUAAAGGUGACGGAUUCGGCUGGCUGGGCAGACUGACCACCACCGGCCCGAUGGCAACAAACGUGGCAGACACUGCCUUGCUGUUUUCGGUACAGGCUGGUCCAGACCCCACAGAUCCGCUCACACUCAACGAACCUGGAGAGGUUUUUCUCGACGCUCUGCAACCACGACAAGAUCUGAACGGGCUGCGCAUUGGUUACUGCCCGUCCAUAGGAGAUGCGCCCGUUGAACCUGCCGUUGCAGCGGUCAUAGCAAAAGCUGCAGAUACUAUGGCUAAUCUUGGCGCAGAGGUCAUCGAAACACACCCACCGCUGGAUCAGGCGAUGGGUGUGUUUCAGGUCAUGCGCGCAGCAGCGCUGGCAAACCUGGGACACGCUUUGAAUCUGACGAUGCCGGAUUGGAAAACCAAGGCGAAGUCCACGGCGGUAUGGAACAUUGAGAAAGGUCUGGCGUUAAGCGCCGCCGACAUUUAUGCCGCAGAGCUGCGGCGCACCCGCAUAUACGCAGACUGUGUUGAAUUCUUCAGCAGCUUCGACGCUCUCAUUCUACCUGCGGCCCAGGUUGCACCUUUUGACAAAGACAUUGAGUGGAUCGAGGCGAUCAACGAGACACCGAUGGCCACCUAUAUCGAUUGGAUGACGGUGUGUUGUGCAGUAACUGUAACGGGACUACCAGCCAUCUCAGUCCCUGCAGGUUUUACCGCAACAGGCCUGCCUGUUGGUCUGCAGAUUGUUGGCAAGCCUCGCGCGGAUCUGGCUUUGCGCCACAUGACAACACCACCCGCAGAACCGGUUAGUGAUAAAAAGCGAUUAAUGGUGAUCACGGCACACCCUGACGAUGCCGAGUUCAACGCGGGUGGCCUCAUGCUGAAGUGGGCCAGCGCCGAGCAGGAACUGCUGAUUUUAUGCCUCACCGACGGUUCCGCCGGCCACCACGAGUUAGCCACCGAAGAUCUCGCCAGUAUCCGCCAGGAAGAGGCCCGCAACGCAGCCGACUUACUGGGCGCUAAAGUAGUGAUCUGGGAUGUACGGGACGGCGAGCUCGAAGCAACGAUAAACUUGCGCAAACAGCUCAUUGGAGACAUUCGGGCAUUCCGACCAGACCUUAUUCUGACGCACCGCACCGCAGACUAUCACCCGGACCACCGCGCCUGCGCUCAGCUGGUCAUGGACGCCUGUUAUCUUCUGCAGGUACCUAAUAUCGCGCCCUCAUACCCAGUGCUGCAAAACAUCCCGCCGGUGCUGAUGUUCGCCGAUCGUUUCCAAUAUCCUCGACCGUUCCAGCCUGAUUGGGUCUGUGAUACCAGUGAUGUACUCAGUGGUGUAGUAGAGCUGUUACACUGCCAUGCAAGCCAGGUCUAUCAGUGGUUACCCUACACACAAGGCAUCGAAGUACCUGAGCAUAACCGACGACAAUGGCUGCGCCAGUGGUACAGCCGUCGACCCCAGGGUAUCGCAAGGAAAUUUGCAGGCUCUGGCAUAGAAGCCGCUGAGGCUUUUGAACUCUCGGAAUACGGCGGUGCAUUUGAACCGGAGCAUUUCAGUUUCAUUUCCCUGUACAUCGGGAUAGCCACCUUUCUGGGUUCUUCACUGGCGGCGGGUUACAUGCUGGCGAGCAACUACGCCGCCCUGGGCCAGCGCCGCAUGGCAAUCUACAGUUUGUGGGGCAGCCUGGUAUUGGUACUGGCCUUCGUUCUGCUGCCGGGGCAAUUAAGUGCCAGUGCACCGAUUGCCAUUGCCAUCAUGAUUGGUCAGGUCGUUCUGGUGCUGGCCAUUGCCAACAAACUGCAAGGACCGAUGUUUGCCAGUUUCGUGGAAAUGGGCGGCCAGUAUUUCCCCAUGUGGCGAACCAUUGUCGUCGGCAUCGGCGCAUCUUUUGUGCUUGUGUUUGUCUGGGUUGUGUUAGUCAGCCUGUUUGGCGGAGAUCUGGCGCAAGCACCAGGACCUGCCGGUGAAACGGCUUUUCGCAGCCGCUAUAAGACCGCGCGCUGCGUGCUGCGUUUCGAGGAUCAGUUUUUGCUGGCCAUUCAUUCCAGCUUCUGGGCGCGCACCCACAAACGAUGGGGGUUACCCGGCGGCAAUAUCGAACGUGGUGAAGCACCGGCAGACGCAGUGCGCCGGGAGCUGGAAGAAGAACUUGAACUCUACAUGACGGACUUCACUGAAAUCGGCGCCUAUCACUACAAAGGUAAUGAUCAUAUGGUCUAUGGUGCCGACGUCGAUUAUCGAAUAUCCAAUUACGACGAUACUGAACUGUUGGACCUGGACUGGUUUGAUCUAUCCCGACUGCAAACCCUGGACAACGAACGCAAACUGCACGCAGGUUAUGAAUUACAGGCGGUACGCCAGUUCAUCGCUCUGCACGAUCACUGA